ACCGUAGCUCUAGACGAGUCCAUCACAAAAUAGGGAGAUAUAAUUUUUUUUAAUAAUACUGAAAGUGUAAAAUAUAUUCGACCAAAUAUUUUUGUUAUAAACGUGUACUUCUUCGUUUCACCGUAUAACGAUUUUGUAAGGGUGUACUUAGUGAAACCGAUAAGGUGUCGUGUAAUAUAUCUAUUUUGAUCUCUUACACCCUGUAACCGGAGCAAACCUUUUUGUUCCUCGAGCCUGGACGAUGGCAGAGGUUUAAGUGUAAAGCUAGCGGAGGUGUUUUUGACAGCCGGGGGAAGUUUUAUUCAACACACUGACAUUGUUCAAGUUUGCAGUGGGAGCACAAUGUCCUUAAAGCCACGUGUGGUGGAUUUUGAUGAGACCUGGAACAAACUGCUCACCACCAUCAAGGCGGUGGUGAUGCUGGAUUACGUAGAAAGAGCUACGUGGAAUGACCGCUUCUCUGAUAUUUACGCAUUGUGUGUUGCGUACCCAGAACCAUUGGGUGAACGGUUGUACACAGAGACAAAAGUGUUUUUGGAAAAUCAUGUCCGUCAGCUAUAUAAGAAAGUGCUGGAGUCUGAGGAGAAAGUGUUGCUGAUGUAUCAUAGAUACUGGGAGGAGUACAGCAAGGGGGCUGACUACAUGGACUGCUUAUAUCGGUACCUCAACACACAGUUUAUAAAGAAGAACAAGCUGACCGAAGCAGAUCUGCAGUACGGCUAUGGAGGAGUCGAUAUGAACGAACCACUGAUGGAGAUCGGAGAGCUUGCACUUGAUAUGUGGAGGAAGCUGAUGAUCGAGCCUCUUCAAGCCACGCUGAUCCGGAUGCUUCUGAAAGAAAUCAAAAAUGACCGGUGUGGGGAGCAUCCGAAUCAGAAAGUAAUCCAUGGGGUUAUCAACUCCUUUGUUCAUGUUGAACAGUACAAGAAAAAGUUUCCACUAAAGUUUUAUCAGGACAUUUUCGAGGGGCCUUUUCUGACGAAAACAGGCGAGUAUUACAAACAAGAAGCCUCCAACCUUCUACAGGAGUCCAACUGCUCUCAGUAUAUGGAAAAGGUUUUAGGGCGGUUGAAAGACGAAGAGGUGCGAUGUCGGAAGUACCUGCAUCCGAGUUCCUAUGCCAAAGUGAUCCAUGAAUGCCAGCAGAGGAUGGUGGCUGACCACCUGCAGUUCCUGCAUGGAGAGUGCCAGAACAUAGUCAGACAAGAAAAGAGAGACGAUAUGGCGAACAUGUACACGCUGCUGCGGGCAGUCACCAGUGGCUUACCACACAUGAUCCAGGAGCUGCAGGUGCACAUUCGUGACGAGGGGCUCCGAGCCACCAGUAACCUCUCUCAGGAAAACAUGCCAACACAGUUUGUGGAAUCCGUGUUGGAGGUGCAUAGUAAAUUUGUCCAGUUGAUUAACACGGUGCUAAAUGGGGACCAGCAGUUCAUGAGUGCACUCGACAAGGCAUUGACUUCAGUAGUAAACUACAGAGAGCCCAAAUCCAUCUGUAAAGCACCCGAACUGCUGGCUAAGUACUGUGACAAUCUGCUGAAGAAAUCAGCAAAGGGGAUGACUGAGAACGAGGUGGAGGAUAAACUUACCAGCUUCAUCACUGUCUUCAAAUAUAUCGAUGACAAAGAUGUCUUUCAAAAGUUUUAUGCCAGAAUGCUCGCUAAGAGGUUAAUACACGGCCUUUCGUUAUCCAUGGAUUCUGAGGAAGCGAUGAUUAACAAACUAAAGCAAGCAUGUGGCUACGAGUUUACUAGCAAACUGCACAGAAUGUACACCGACAUGAGCGUCAGUGCCGACCUCAACAACAAGUUCAACAACUUCAUUAAAACCCAGGAGACCGUAGUGGAUCUGGGCAUCAGCUUUCAGAUCUAUGUGUUACAGGCAGGUGCAUGGCCUCUCACACAGGUUCCUUCAUCUACAUUUGCCAUCCCACAGGAACUGGAGAAGAGUGUACAAAUGUUCGAGCUGUUUUAUAACCAGAAUUUCAGCGGGAGGAAACUCACCUGGCUGCACUAUCUCUGCACAGGUGAGGUGAAGAUGAACUACCUGUCCAAACCCUAUGUCGCCAUGGUUACCACCUACCAGAUGGCGGUGCUGCUGGUCUUCAACAACAGUGAAACGGUGAGCUAUAAAGAGCUGCAGGAGAGCUCGCAGAUGAACGAAAAGGAGCUGCAGAAAACCAUCAAGUCCUUGCUGGAUGUCAAGAUGAUCAACCAUGACUCACAGAAAGAGGAAAUUGAGGCUGAAUCCACGUUUUCAUUAAAUAUGAGUUUCACUAGUAAAAGAACCAAGUUUAAGAUCACGACGUCGAUGCAGCGGGACACACCACAGGAGGUGGAACAGACGAGGAGUGCCGUGGAUGAAGACAGGAAAAUGUAUUUACAGGCUGCUAUAGUGAGGAUUAUGAAAGCCAGGAAAAUUCUGAGACACAACGCACUUAUACAAGAAGUGAUCAACCAGUCCAAAGCACGGUUCAACCCCAGUAUCAGCAUGAUAAAGAAGUGCAUCGAAGUGCUUAUCGACAAGCAGUACAUAGAGCGAAGCCAGACCUCUGCAGACGAAUACAGCUAUGUGGCAUAAAAUAAGAACAACAACAACACUCGGCGGUCAGAACGUAAACCAUGUCUUUAUUUUUGGCUGCAGCUGGCUCAGGCUGUCUCCCUGCAGGAUGAAGUGGGGCUCUGCCUCCAUCUGAGGAGGAGGGAGAAGGGCCACCACGUACCCUGGCAGUAAUAAACACCCCCCUCCACACCUCCCUCUAGCCCAAAACCUUUUCUGAUUUUACGCUGUUUACAACAUCACCAGUGCCACGCCCCCGUGCGUCAACAGAAAAAGAGAAUAACGCCUAUAGCAGUUUCAGAGCAAACUGAUUAAAAAAAAAAUAAAAUACAUUUUUAAACAACGUAACCAUAAACAAGAAACCGAGAGAGCAAACGGACAUGUCAGAGUUUAAAAAAUAAACGUCUAAGACAAAACAAACAUGCUUUCUUUUCUCACGUUUGCAGUUGUAGUGUUCUUCUUUUUUUUAAGUAUCAAAGUGAGAGGAAAAAAAGACUAUUGUAAUAAAACCGUUAUACUGAUUAACUGUAUUCAACAUGUAAAAAAAAAAAUAUGAGGUGACAAAAUACUGCUGCUUGUCAAAUAAACAAAUAGAAAAACUGA